UACCUACUACCAACCCGUUUGCGCCAUUGUGCUUGUGAAGUGACUUUGAAAUUGUAGUUAGGGGUCUGUUACUUUCCCCGGCAAAACCUGUUUUGAUUCGAUUCUCCUCAAAAAACCCUAGGCAAAAUUAGUUUCUUUUCCCCAUCUAUGACCAGCCUUCCAUCCACUCUCAAAACUUGGAAACAAAAAGCUCCAAAAUUUCUCCUUCCUCUCUUCCUCCUCUCGAACCCCAAUAAAUGCUUCUCGGAAUGUAUCAAACACCCAACCCAUUUCAAUUGUAUUCUGUCUUACGCCAUUGCUUCGGGUCUCUUUACAGACCCCUGCAUAUCAAGCAAACUACUUUUCUACUCUUUCUCUAUCUCUCAUAAUCUUUCCUUUUCUCGCUCCCUCUUCUUCCAAAUCAAAAACCCAAAUAUCUUUGCCUAUAAUUUUAUGUUUAAAGCCCAUUCUCAGAGCUCAACCCCUAUAGAAUCCAUCACUCUGUACAAUUUAAUGCUGAAUAAUGGCAUUUUCCCUGAUAAUUAUACUUUCCCGUUCAUUUUUAAAGUCUGUGGGCGUCAUUUGCUUCUGAAUAAAGGUCAAGAAGUGCAUGCUUUGAGCCUUAAACUGGGGCUUGAAUUUGAUAUUUUUGUGCAAAAUGCUUUAGUUUCAAUGUAUUCCUCCUGUGGAAAAAUUGAAAUAGCACGUAGAGUUUUUGACUUGGUUCCAAUUUUUACCAGGGAUGUGGUAUCUUGGAAUAGUAUGAUAUCUGGGUAUUUACAGUGUGAUUGUAGUGCGGAAGCAUUGAAGGUUUUUGGGAAUUUACUGGGUGAUAAUUGUGUUAGAUUUGAUGAGGUCACAUUGAUUAAUGCACUCACUGCUUCUGGAAGGAUGGGAUUUCUUGAUUUGGGGAAAGAACUUCAUGGAUUGAUUAUAGUAAAUAGGUUUGUUUUAGAUGUUUUUUUGGGUUCGUCUUUGAUUGAUAUGUAUGCAAAAUGCGGGAAAAUGGAGGAUGCCAGGAAGGUUUUUGAUAAAAUUCCCGAUAGAAAUCUAGUGUGCUGGACUUCCAUGAUAGUAGGUUAUGCGAGGUUGGAUAUGUUUAAGGAAGGAAUUGAAUUGUUUAGGGAGAUGCAACUUGCCGAGGUUGUUGCAGAUGCAGCAUUGGUUGCUUCUGUUAUUUCUGCGUGUGGACAUUUGGGAGCCCUGGAUCAGGGAAGAUGGGUGCAUGCUUACUGUGAAAGGAAUGGUAUUGACAUGAACCUCUCUGUGAGAAAUGCUUUGAUAGAUAUGUAUUCAAAAUGUGGAGAAGUUGAAAAGGCUCGCCAGAUUUUCAAUGAGAUGGUUAAGAGAGAUGUAUUAGUUAAGAGAGAUGUAUUGGUUAAGAGAGAUGUAUUUUCAUGGACCUCAAUGAUUUCUGGGCUUGCCAUGAAUGGGAACUCUGAUGAAGCAUUGGACCUGUUUGCACAGAUGGAAAUGUCAAGUGAUGUUAAGCCAAAUGAGGUUACAUUCCUCGGUGUCUUGUCUGCUUGUAGUCAUGGUGGUUUUGUGGAUAAGGGGUUUCACUAUUUUAAAGCCAUGAGUCUUAUUCAUCAUAUUAAGCCACGUAUUGAACAUUAUGGGUGUAUGGUUGAUCUUCUUGGCCGUGCUAACUUAAUGGUUGAGGCUGAAAAGUUCAUCAGGGCGAUGCCUGUUCAACCUGAUGUGGUGACAUGGCGAUCCCUGCUAUUUGCUUGUAGGAGUCAUGGGAAUAUAGAAUUAGCGGAGCUUGCGACCAACAAAAUUGAGGAAUUGGAGCCAAGAAAGUCUGAGGCACAAAUUCUAUUGUCCCAUGUUUAUGCUUCAGCUUCAAGGUGGGGUGAUGUGAACAGAGUGAGAAAGUGUAUGGCUCGUCAGAAAAUACAGAAGAAACCGGGUUGCUCAUUUGUUGAAAUAAAUGGUCUUGUUCAUGAAUUCUUUGCUGAAGCUGAAUCACUUAGUCAAAUGGAUGUCUUAUAUGAAACAAAUAUGCAAAUUCAUAACAUUUUACGAUCUGAAGGAUUUGACUCAGACUUUUUGGGUCAUCAGUAACAAUGAAAUUCAAAGCAUUUGGAUUUUGAUAAUUUGGUUGCCUGAUUUGCAUUGAUGAUGGCGCUUUAGAGCUAGGAUUUUUAGUUAUCUGAGGAAGUUGAUCACAAGAAAACUUUCAUUAGCCUGAGGAUGUCCUUCAGAGUAUUGGAGGUAUAAAUUUUGAAAUUAUUUCGAGCAAUUAUGGAUAAAUGGUACCAUGAUGUGUCACUUUCAUAAUAAAACAAGUGGCAUGAGUUGGGGAUGGAAGUUUGAGCAUUCUAACUUGAAUCCAGGAUCACAUGAAAUAUUCAGAAGUUAUUGAUUAUGAGCAAAGCAGUCUUGAGAUUACAAUUGACUGGACAAUGAAUGAGGAACCAACAACCAAACUAGAACUUCAAAAGCUUGGCUUUAUUUCGAUUAAGGAAGAGAUGUUUAUGGUACAUGGUUGAUGAUGCCAUUGAAGCUACCAGGGACAGAUCAUAUAGAUAAAGAAUUGGAUGAUUAAUCAGGAUUACAAACUCGCUACCUUUUGUUUGAAAUGUUUACAGCAUAAUAAAGAACGCCUUGACCUCAGCCAAGGACAUUAUAUUCAGUAGAGACUUGACGUGUUUCGAUCCCUAAUUUUCCCUGCAGUUGGUAGAGCACAAAAGAGACUCUAAUCAAUGUCAAGCCACUGCUAUCACUGAUUUAAUAAAGUUUUAUUUCAAUGCA